AUGUCUGACAAGAACACCUCCACCCUCCAGUCCUAUAUUGACUCUGCCACUGGAACCGCUCAAUCUGUUCUUGGCUCUCUCACAGGUUCUUCUGCUGACAAGAAUGCCGGCGAAGUCAAGAAGGACGAUGCAGCGUUUGAGAAAGACCUCUCCCAUGCCACCGCAAAGGUUGGCCCAUUCUCUGCGUCCUCGUCUGGUGCGGUCACCAAGGACGAUCCCAACCGCCAAGAGGGGGCGUGGAACCAGACUGUAGGAGCUGCGAAGGAGAGCGUGGGUGGGCUGGUUGGCUCCGAGGAUCUCAAGCGAACAGGAGCUGAGCAGAACGCUGCUGGCAAAGGCCAAGAAGCGCAAGGCCAACUUAACGACUUCGGUUCCGGAGUAAAAAGUCGUGUUGGAGGCGCGGUUGAGGGUGCUGUUGCUGGUGUUACAGGCGAUCGCGAUGCACAGCUCAGGGCACAGGAGAAGCAUGAUGUUGGCAAGACACAGCAGCGUGGUGCUGAGGUGGAUAUCCAGAAGCAGAAUGCCUAG